AUGGUGAAGUGGCACAUUGGCACCUACGCUCGGUUGCGGCCUCCUCGCCGAGGACAUGACUGUGCUAAGUUUGAUCUCGAAAGGGUUGGCGAUGGGCGAUUUAGCAAAACGGUGAUUGCGUUUCCUCCUCCUGAUGACGACCAGCCUCGAAUGCACCUGAAGCAGCGUGAUGGCGUCGACUUCCACUAUAAUGACGUUUUUGAUCCCAGCGUCUCGCAGGAGCAGGUUUUCAACGAAGUCUGCCUCGAUAUCGUGUUCAGUGCUUUGGACGGCUACAAUGGGACUAUUCUUGCUUAUGGGCAAACUGGCUCGGGCAAGACGUACACAAUCACGGGAGGUGAACACUAUGCCGACCGCGGUAUUAUUCCUCGUGUACUCUCCACUAUCUUUGAGGAAUUCGAGAAGCGACCAAACAUGCGCUAUUCAUGUUAUAUUUCCUAUCUUGAAAUUUACAAUGAAAAUGCCUACGACUUGCUGGAUCGCUCUCACACGGAUCAGCCGAUUGAAGAGUGGACGAAAGUUCAUCUUAUGGAUGAUGACGAAGGAGACAUGCAUUUCCGAAAUUUGGGUGUUUUUGAGGCCGUAUCCGAAGAAGAAGCUCUGAACCUUCUCUUCCUUGGAAACAUGAACCGCGUUACGAGUGAUACCCCCAUGAACCAGGCAUCAUCGCGCUCGCAUUCAAUCUUCAGUGUCAUGAUCGAGUCCCGUCCAAUGGACUCGGACUUAAUCGUCACGUCCAAGCUUCACUUAGUUGACCUAGCGGGCUCUGAACGUGUCUACAAACGAGAAGGGACGCAACGAAUGCGGUCUGAAGGCAAACAUAUCAACCUUUCUCUUCACCACCUUGAACAGGUGAUCUUAUCACUUAGAACCAAAAAGAACGCAGUGUCAAAGACGUAUCACAUUCCGUACCGCAACUCGAUGCUUACAUCUGUACUCCGUGGCAGUCUGGGCGGUAAUUGCAAGUCGGUGUUCAUAGCAACACUUAAUCCGGAGACUGAUUUUCUGGAUGAAUCCAUUUCGACUUGUCGCUUCAUGCAACGCUGUUCUGAAGUAACUGUGGAUAUUGUAGUGAACACCGAGGUGGACACUGAGAAGCGUUUGGAGGUAGUCGAAAAACGCAACGCUGAGCUCGAGACAACGAAUCUUGAGCUACUGCAGAGAGCAGUCCAACUUGAGAACGACAUCAAAGACCAAGCUCUUCACUUUGCUAAACAGGAACAACAAUGGGGACGGCGUCUUACCUUAUCGCAAGAAGAGACCCAAGCUGCUUUGACUGUAGCAAAGAUUGCUCAAGAGAAAUUGGAUCAAGUGGCCUGGAUGCAGUGUGAGGAGAUCGUCGAAAGGCUACUGCUCACUGGUGACUUACCACGUGAAGAACUGGACAAACCAGUUAGUCAAGGUGAGUUUGGAGAGGAUCGACUUUUGUAUGAAGCGGUUGUACAAGAGAUCAGAGAAUUGGGGAUGGCCACUGCUCUCGGAUGUCUGGUAGUUCUAAAAGAGAAAACGUUUUCCGCAUCGAAUACUGCUACUGAAUUGCAAGAACUCAUGGCCAAGCAAACUCGAACAGUGGAAAUACUCGAACAGCGAUUGCUAGAGCAAAAGCGUGAGGCUGAACUGUUGAAAGAACAAAUUCAGAAAAUUACCGAGUCUUCGAAAUCUGACGAGCCAAAGAAGUCGAUUUCUCGAUCGAAAUCACAUUCGGGAAGUCUUCGGAAGCGUCAUCCUCGAACGUCCGAAAGCGAAAAGGGGAGUGUGGGGGAUUGGAACAGUGUCAGCGACAGUGAAAAUGAUACCGAAGCCUCAGAGACCCACGAAUAUGAUCGGCCGUCAGCGAACCGAUUGCAUAGUGCACGCAAUAAAGCAGAAGCUAUGCGCAAGGUCUCCAAGCGAUCAGAGUAUAGCAACCCGAGUAUCUCGGAAGAUGUUCCUAAUUCUAAGCAGACGACUGUUCGAGGGGCUGCUUUGACAACGGAAGGGGAAGAGAGCUCUACUCCUAAGACGUCGGGCAGUGACUUGAUUCGUAAACGAAUGGAGCUCUUAUGCAGUGGAAGUUUGUUUGUUAAGUACGGACGCUAUGGAAAGCCCCACGUGCGCUUCGUUUGGUGCUCUUCGGACCUCGAGUAUCUCCAUUACCGCCAAGUGAACCGGACAGUUCCGAAGGCGACUAUACCGACGCGUUCUGUCGUGAGAGUUUGUAGUGGUCAGGAAACUCGAGUUUUCGAGCGCGCAAAGCAACCAGAACGGGCGCCACAUUGUUUCUCAGUUGAAUACGAAGAGAGCCGCACGUUGGAUCUCGAGGUAAGUUAUGGAUUUUAG